AUGUACCCCAUCCUAAUAAUAGGCGGCGGCCCAACCGGCCUAACAACCUCCCUCUCCCUCUCCCACCAAUCCAUCCCCAUCCCGCAUCUCCUCCUCGAAAAACACCCCUCCACCUCCAUAUUCCCGAAAGUAGUCGGCCUAAACGCCCGUACGAUCGAGUUUUUCCGUUCGCUCGGCUUGCAAGAGGAUAUACUUGGUGUAUCCGCGCCACCGGAGACAGUCUCGCAGACAGGUUGGUAUACGAGUUUGGCACCGGAUGGAGGUGGGAAAGGGAAGGAGGUGUUUACGAGGGAUGCGUGGGGUGGGGGUGUGUAUAGGGGGGUAUAUGAGGGGGUUAGUCCGAUUCCUGGGGGGUAUAUGGUUUGUCCGCAGAUACGGUUGGAGCCGGUGCUGUUUGGACGGGCGAGGAAGAGGAUUCCGGGUGGGGUUAGAAAUUGUGCGGAGGUACUUGGGGUCGAGGAGCUUGGGGAUCGGGUAAGGGUGCGUGUGAGGUAUACAAAUCCACGUUCAUCUGCUGGGGAAGAGAAAGGGGAAGAGAAAGAGGUAAUUGAAGAAGCGAAAUAUGUCAUCGCAGCAGACGGCGGCCGUUUCGUCGCUGAUGCACUGGGGAUCAAGAUGCAAGGUGAGCGGGAUAUUGCGAAUAUGGUUUCUGCGCAUUUCAGGGCACCGAUCAGUCUGUAUCAUCCGAAUCUGCACGCGUUAAUUACGUGGUUUAUUGAUCCGGAGUUGGGCGGGAGUAUUCACACGGGAUUUAUGUACCAUGUCGGGCCGUAUCCGAGUACGCCUGAGAACGAGGAGUGGAUAUUCGCUUGUGCGUUGCUACCUCAUGAGAAGGUGAGUGGGUUUGAUGAAAAUGCUAUGCUAGAGCGUCUCCAUCGGACGCUGAAGAUCCCAGGGCUGGAGGUGGAUUUGAAAUCUAUAAGUCACUGGAACAUCAACGCCAUUGUCGCGGAGCGCUAUCGCAGUAAAGGUGGUCGAGCAUUUCUCGUCGGUGAUGCCGCGCAUCGGAUUCCGCCUUGGGGCGCGCUGGGCUUAAAUACCGGUGUGCAAGAUGUGCAAAAUCUAGUCUGGAAGUUGGGCAUUGCCCUAAACGCCCAGGGUACAAGGGAGGAGGAGAAACUGCAUAGAUGGCUGGAUACGUACGAGGAAGAGUGCAAGCCGCUUGCUCACCACGUUGCUGAAAUCAGUCUUUCGGAUUUCCAUAAUGUUCGGUCUUUGCAGGCGUAUCUUGACAAGACGAACCCCAAUGGAUAUGAACUGCGAGUGAAUAUAGCAGAUGUGCAGAAGAUCCUGGAUCGAGAAUUCUGUGCCCUGGGAUUCGAAGUCGGGUGGUUCUAUCCCAGUUGUGAUAUCGAUAAUGAAGGUGCUAGAACGCGCCACGGAGGACAAUUAACAGAAGACAGUGAAUUCGAUAUCACGACUUAUCACCCGUCUGCGAUUCCAGGACACCAUCUCCCGCACGCUGACUGGGUGCAUGUUGAGGUUGUUGUCCCGGAAUCUGGGCCGGGGGAGGUUGAUUGGGCGGAACUCAAUGAGGUUGAGAAUAACGGUGCUGUUCUUGUGCGGCCGGAUGGGAUUGUGCUAUGGAGGUUUAGGGAGCCUGAUGGAGUUUUUGAUAAAGCUAGAGAGGAACCGGGGAGGUUUGCUAGGCGGUUGUUGGGGAUUGAUGGUCGAGAUUGGAUGGUGAAGAUGUAAAUCAAUACUGC